AUGAGCUCUGUCGCCGUUACCAUUGCGACUACCACGCAGCCUGCGCAUGACCUCGAGGACAACAAACAUGCGACGAAUGAAUUGUUGAAGGACGCGUCUGAGCAGCAUACCAAGCCGCUUUGGGCCCAGAUGGCUCGCCUCAACCCGCCUCUGCCAAACCCAAAAUGCCAACCGCACGUCUGGGAGUAUGACAGAAUACGACCCAGCCUGUUACGAGCCGGAGAGCUCAUCACCGAAAAGCAAGCCGAGCGACGUGUACUGAUGCUGGUGAAUCCGGCUCGAGACGCUCCUUACACUACCGAUACCAUUUAUGCCGGUCUUCAACUGGUCAUGCCUAACGAAACAGCCCCGGCUCACCGUCAUACUGCGUUCGCCUGUCGCUUUAUCAUUGAAGGCAAUGGCGGGUUCACGGCAGUCCAUGGCAAACGUAUACAGAUGCAGCGCGGUGAUGUGAUCCUGACCCCGUCCUGGAACUGGCAUGAUCAUGGUAAAAAUGGAUCUGGUCCUAUGAUCUGGAUUGAUGGCCUUGACUUGCCGCAAUUCGUGCACUACCCAGUUCACUUUGUUGAACAUUACGCGAGUCCCCGCUACCCAGCUAGUGACGUCGAUAUUUCAGCCUCCCUAAUCGUGUUCCCAUGGACUAGGAUGAAAUCUCAACUCGAUGCUAUCGAUGGAGAUUGCGCUGAUUCCCGAUAUUUGAAAGAGAACGGUUCCGAAAUCAGUCGCACGCUGGGUGCUGAAGCAAUUCGGGUGAAUGCUGGCGCCUUUACUCAGGCAAUCCAAGAAACAGCUUCAUCGAUAUUCCAUGUCAUUGAGGGUGCGGGUAGCAGCACCAUUGAUGGCAAAAUAUAUCAGUGGAAAAAGGGCGAUACAUUCUGCGUGCCUGCUUGGCACGAGUAUCAACAUCGUGCGUCUGAUGGUCAGACUGUAUAUCUGUAUAGAGUUCAUGAUGAGCCUAUGCUAAAAGCUCUCGGAUUUUAUCGACGUAGUGGACAAGACGUGGAAGCAUUGGUCAGUGAAUAG